CUAACGGCAACGUCUUUUUUUUCAAAUUUCACUCCCCAAAACCCUCCUCUUCUUCCAUAUUCAUCUCUCUUCCCUUCAAUUUCCCUCACCAAAUCGCCGACCACAAAUUUCACUUCUAUUUUAGGGCUUUUUCAAGAAUGGAACUUCCUCAGGAAUCUGAUGAAUUUGUCAAACAUUCCAUCGAUAACUUGUUAGGGCUUCCUGUACCAGAGGAUUCCCUUCAAUUAAAGAUUCGAUCACUUGAAUCAUCAAGUCAUAUUCUUCGGAAUCAGUACUUAUCCGUUCUUUCCAAAUUGAAGCAGAAAGAACAAGCUGUUGAACUCGCUAGGGCAGAGGCGUGUUUGAAUGCGCAAGCAAUGAAGAAAUUUGUGGAAGAAAAUACUAAAUUGGCGGCGGAAUGUGAGAAUUUGUUGAGUGAACGUUCGAAAUUGGAGAAAGAAUGUUCGCUGUAUGAUCGGGAUCGGGAUGCUUUAAUGGACUUUGGAAAUGAAGCGGAUGCAAGAGCCAAAGAGGCUGAGACUAAAGUUUGUAAGUUGGUUGAGGAGUUGAAGGAACGUACUGCUGAAGUUCAGUACUAUAAGCAUCAAAUUGAAAUGCUUUCGGAUGGAUCAUCGGCGCAUGACACAAUAAAAGAGCAAAAGUUGGUAAGCACACUAGUUGCAAGUUUAGUGAACAAUAAUGAAGUGUCAAAGACGGCUUCAGCUUAUCUACAAGAUAACAGUGAGAACGAAGCUUGUAGUGAGUUGCUUAAAAUGUUGAAUAGUUUGAGACCAGAAACCCAAAAUAUUAUCUCCUUGGCAAAUCAUGUGCGGACACUACAAAAGGACAAGGAACAUCUAAUAAUGAAUUUACACCGAGCUGAAGAAGAGGUUACAGUGCUAGCUAAAGCAAACAAUAUAUUGGAAGCAGAGAACAAGAGGUUGCUAAGGCUGAGUAAUCCAGAAACGAAACAUGAUGGUAGCUCUAGAACAAAGAAGUAUAAACGAACCAGCCCUGUGGUGAGUAGUCCACCAGUUCAACAGAGGAUAUUUUGUAGUGAAGCCGUUAGCCUUCCGUGUCUAUCUAUCUCUCCCCUCGAAGAGAAAUGACUCCAUAUCCAUUAAGCGAGAAACAUCUAUAGCAGCAACAGCAACAGCAACAAAUGCGACAACAUUGUAGAUUGUGACUUAUCGUAGUGACUUGAAAGUGUGCAUUCAUAGAUCCAUGAGGCCACCACAGGAUCGUUGUAUUUCCUAAUUGAAUUGUUUGAAAGUUUAUAUACAUGUUGGUAGAACUUGUUAGUAAUCAGAGAAAGCUGCUUUUCUUUAUGUCGAUUCGUGUGAUGUAUGUUUCCUGUUAUGGAAAGUCGUUGAACAAAUACUUUUAUUUUAUAGGAGAUGCAAUGCAGGCGUAGGAACUAAGUGAUGGCUACAUUUUCUUGUUUUGUACCUGUAUAUCUCACUGAUCAAUUUCUUUGAAGAGAAGGGGGAAAGGGCAAGCAAUGUUCACCCCAAUUACAUAUUUAACUUUGUUUUGAAUAAUUUUAUUUUCUUCUAUUAAGAUGAACUACAUUGGGGUACGUCAUCAACGUCAUCAGGGCAUUUGCUUAUUGGUAAUAAUUUUUUUUAUGGCGAUAAGAAUGAAUUGAGUUAAAGUUUAUAAAAGUUAUCGUCCUCAUGGUAAAUGAGUUCUCAUUGUCAAAUAUGUAAUUUUGUUAUAAUUUUAUAUACUGUAUCAUAUUAUUAUAUCUCAUAAAUUCCGCUUGGUGAAAUU